AUGCGCGCUGCCCCCUGUAACAAGUGCCGUUCAGGGAGGCAGACGGAAUCUGACUCGUGGUGUCUCGGCUGCUCGUCCUUGGAGGUGACCCUGCAGCUGCUCAAGCGGCGCUGGUCAUCCGCUGGGGUUAGAGCGGUAGCCGAGGAGGCCACUCUUAGUUGUGCUAGGUUCGUGAGGGCCCUGCACAACUUGGACUCGACCCUUGAGCCGGCGACUGGCGCUGGCGACCGUGGGGGCCUUGCUGCCAAGUCCAAGGCUUCGAGGCCAAGGUCGAGAACACCAGUCAGAGACGAGCGGCCUCCCUUGCUCAGGUCUGGGCCCAGCCGUGAACCUCCACCUCGACGUGACGGAGGAGACAGGGAGCACCGAGACAGAGAUCAAGAAGGACGAGCUUCGGAAUAUACGUACGACGAAGAGAGCGAGGAGGAAGCUGAAGAAGAACCACCUCGCACAGAGGUAAAAAAGGAGGAGCGAGAAGUAAAGGAAAGGCACGAGGAGCCACCGGAGACUCACAGGCACUCGCGUGGAUCGGAAAGGCCUCCAGAGCCACCUGAGCCACCAAAGAAGAAGAAAAAGAAAAAGACAGGAAAGCGCAAGCACAGAGGAGGAACUCGGCAUCAGCGGCACCGCCGGGAGAGAGAAGAUCCCUUUAGGUCAAGUCAUCGCAGGCUGGAUCAAUCUCACUUGAGCCUUGCCCGUGAUUUGAACGAGGGUUUAGAACGCAGAGAGGCAGAAUGGCUGGGAGAUUUAGAGGAAGAGGAAGGCCCUCCAGGGUCUUCGCCGGCGGCCAUUGCGGCGUUGCUGGCAAGCCAAGACAAACCAAAGAAGCCUACUCGUUACAAUGUAGCCGAGGCAGACUUUUGGAGAACGCGGCAUAUCCCCCCUGGCUCCGUGAUAAGCUUUGUCGACCCGGAACAUCGGGAGUCGGCUCCUCCCCUCGCUGCCGUGCUGGUCACAGAGACCGUGUCGCGGCAGAGCGGGAUGUGGCUUACGGUAAAGAGCCUGGGGGCAGAAACUGCAGAGGAGAAGAAGAAGGUGGAUGGUUACUUCAAAGGAUCCAGAAAAAAGGUCCACAUCUGUUGUCUGGGUCCAGAUGGAAUCUGUCCCAUGGACGACGAAGAUGCCCUUCACCUACAGAGGUUUCAUUGGUUUCCUCCCGGCGACUUCACGGCGGAGUGGCUUACUACUGCAGCAAAGAAACUGGUGAAGAAGGGCGCAGAAAAGGAGUUGGAGAGCGGGAGAGACCCACUGUUUCCGACAGAGGAUCGUGGAGCCGACGAGGUCCCAGGUGGUCCAUCGACCAUCGAACAGAGGCUGAGUGCCCUUCGUGGUCCUGGUCGCAGGGUUUCCUUUGCCGCACACCCCACUGUGGUCUCUGCUUCAAGACAGGCAGAAGGCCGAGAGGCUGCCAAGGAUGGGGCUGGUGGUGGUCACCGUGCCCUCGCCCCUGUGGUGGCGCCUCCAUUGGGAAAGGUAAAGGACGAAGAGCCCCAGUGGAUCUCAGACUCCGAGCAGUCAACAGAAGCUGCCAAGAAGACGAAGAAGAGGAGCUUGGCCAUGACGUUGGCCAAAGCAGCCAAGCUGCGAAAUGCCCAGGAGGAGAAAGAGGAGAAGCGGAAGAAGAGUCGCUCGCGGUCGCCAGGGAAGAAGAAGAAGAAGAAGCGCAAGAAGAAGAGCUCAGACUCGGAGGAGAGCGCAGACUCGGCCGGCCAUUCUUCCUCGAGCGAGGCCAGCCUUAUGGCUCCGCUGAAGAAGAGGUCGAGGAAGAGUCCCGGGUCAGUGUACCGCAUGUUAGAGCAGACAGCGGUCGAGCGGCUGAGCGCAGACGGAGUGGUGGAGGAAGGUUACGAGGCGGCAGGGCUGCGAGGGCAAAGGCCAAAGAUGUUGACCUUUUUCCAGCUGGUGCUGAGACCGGCGCUGGACGCUCGCAGCCGGGAUUGCAAAGAGCUUUCCCUACUGUCGAGGAGCCUCGACCUCCUUCGAGAAGGGCGGCUCGCCGAACUGGCGGACGUUUUAGCGUCACGGCUAAUUGCGGUGGACACCGCUGGCCGCCAGGGAUGGCAUGUCGCACGCCACUUGGAAGUCUAUGGAGAGGAGGAAGAAAACAGUGCGCCUCCCCACGUGCUUCUCGCGGCCCAAAAACAUGCACGUCAGGUCGACAAGGCCGGGGGGAAGGGCUCUUGGAGCCCCGCCGCGCAGUGGAGCUCCUACGAGCAAAGGCCAAAAGGAAAAGGAGGGGAAAGACAAGCCGAGCGACCCGAAGAAGAAGGAAGCAGAGGCAUAGUGCUGGGCCUGCCAGGGGCUGUGGCGUCAGCUCCCGGCGGCCCGUGCACAAAGCCCCAUGGAGUACAAGACAUUGAUAUUACCCCAGGGACUGGUGCUGAGGUUGCGACCUCGUUGUCAUCGCCUGUGGAAGGUGCUAUGGGCACGAAUUCAACGAUUGCAAGCUUUCCUGAAGUUGAGAGCUGCCACACCGGAGAGAGUUCUCGUGCGGCACGGCCCAACUCACGGGCAGAGUGGCUGCUGAGGCUCACUGAGGUUUCAAAUCUUAUUGAACUCGGUGGAAAGUUGGCAUGGGGGCUUCGAGCUGGUUUCCUUUCCCUGGAAAGCGACCGUGCUAGACCCACACGGGGGGCCACUUCAGGUAGGGGCUCCCUGUUUCCCCUGCCUAUUCUUUUCCCUGAGGGAGAGCUCUGGAUGGACUCUGGCGGAAGGCCGUUGAGUCUGACCGAGGCAGCUGUACAGUGCUGGGUAGCGGUUGGCUGUGCGGCCAUGAACUCUCUCUAUGGACACCCUAAAGGGGGUAUGCAGCGAAAACCGGGAAAAAUGCAUGAGGUGGUGCUGGAUAGCCUGCGUGUGAAAGUGCGUAGGUUUUUAGAAGGGGAAGUACAACAUUCUACUUCCCCUUCGCGGACUUGGUGGCAAAUAUAUUUGGACAAUUUUAUGGCGGGGGACUUGCACAAGGACGAGGGGGCUCUUGACGAAGAUCUCCAGGCUUUGGCAAUGAAUGCUUGGACCAGUGCUGGUAUCCUGACAGCGGAAGACAAGCAGGUGCUGGGUAGUACCUCAGCGGUGGAACUUGGAGUGCGUUUGGAUGGUCGGCGGGGGUUGCUGGGCGCUUCGCCCGAGCGACUCCUCAAGACCAUUUUUGCAACGCUGUACUUGCUGGGGAAGCAGCUCUGGAGCAGGAAGGAGACCCAGAUUGUGCUUGGCCGAUGGGUCUUCAUCCUCCAGUUCCGUCGAGCGGCCAUGGGGGUGCUCUCAAAGAGUUGGCAGGUGAUCGAAAGCCCUUGGCCUUCUAGGCCGAAGCUUCAGGUGUUACAAAGGGAGUUGAUGUGGUUGAUCUGUCUAGGCCCGUUGCUGCAAGCAGACUUGAUGGCGACUUACGAUGGUCAGGUGACAGUGUCUGAUGCCUCGGAAUCAGGAGGGGCUUGCGCGGUGGCCACCGGCUUGACCUGGUCUGGCAGGUCGCUGGUGGGGCUGCGCAACGACCUGCGUUUAGCCCCUUUGGAUAGGCCUUUGCUGGUGAUAUCCCUUUUUAACGGGAUAGGCGGGGCAUUCCGUCUGUACGACAUUUUAGGAAUUAUCCCAGCUGGCCGCAUCUCGGUCGACAUCAGCCGGACGGGCAACAGGGUGUCACGCUCCGCCUGGCCCGACAUGAUCGAGCUGCAUGACGUUGAGCUGAUCGACCUGAAGGAGAUUGAACGAUGGGCAGGCCUUUUUCCUCACGUGGUAGAGGUGCACAUGUUCGCAGGCUUCCCAUGCGUGCACUUGUCGUCCGCAAGGGCAUUCAGGCGAAACCUGGAAGGUGAGGGCUCUAGGCUCUUUUGGAAGUUGCUUGAAGUCAUCCAGUGGGUGCAGCAGGUCUUCUCUGUCCAGGCCAAGGUCAAGUGGUGCGUGGAAAACGUGGCCUCCAUGGACGAAGCGGCGCGGCAGACUAUUUCCUCGGAGCUCGAGGUGUCGCCGAUCAAGCUUGAUCCGAGCGAUGUCCUGCCCUAUAGUCGACCAAGGUUUGCAUGGAGUUCAGAAACACUGUUUGAAAUGGAAGGGUUGCAGCUUUGGACGGAAAAGGAGUACGUGCGGGCUUACAUGUCCGGGCCAGGUGUGGAGACUCAUCAGUGGAUCCGCCCUGGCUGGACUUGGGAGGCUCAUCAGGGCGCUUGUUUCCCCACUUUCAUGAAAAGUAUAAAGCGGUCUCGGCCGCCUCCCGCACCGGCAGGCUUGGAGCGGACGUCGCAACAGACUCAAGAGAGAUGGCGGCUGGACCAGUUCCGCUAUCCGCCAUAUCAAUACAAGGAACAAUUUUUGCUGCACCAGGCUGGCAAGGAGCCGCGCUUGCUGGACUCCAGUGAGAGAGAAAUCCUCCUGGGGUUCGGCGCUGGCCACACCAGCACAUGCAUGAGUGCAUCGGAAGCGAAAAAGAACUGGCGGGAUUACGAGGAUGCCCGCUGUUCGUUAUGUGGCGACAGCUUCUCGAUCCCAUCAUUCGCCGUCAUGGCAAGUCAGAUGGCCUGCGAGCUUGCCCCCAGGAUGCCACCGGCUAAGAUCAUUGCACGGCUUGGGCUGGCACCAGGUUGUUCUGCCCACCCCUCGGUGGAUGUUCCUAUGUCGAGGCUGCUCUCCUAUGGUGGCGACGCCGAGAGGCCCUACAUGCUGGAAGAGCUCACACGGCACUUGCCGCGCAUUGUGCUGGCUGCCAAGACAAGGGAGGGUCGCCAAAGGCAAAGGAAAGGAGUGAGACUCCGUGACUUUACCAUCACAAAGAAGACCAGGUUGCGCUAUGAGGCUGCAGUUGGGCGAAUAUUACCCUUCCUUGAGGCCCAGCACAAUUUACAAGAUAUGGACGGUGUGGUCAGUGACUUUAUGGAGUUACAGUGGAGCCGAGGCGAAACGGUGGGCUGGAUUGCAGAUGUGCUAUCCGGGCUCCACUUCUACUGGCCCGAGCUGCGUGGGAUGCUUCGGCACUCAUGGCGGCUCUUCAGGCAGUGGCGUAAAGUUGAGGCUCCUCAACGAGCCCCGCCAAUGACGGUGUGGAUUGUCAAGGCGGUGGUUGCCCGUGCCGUGGAGCGGCAUGAGCUUGCCUUUGGAGCCCUGGUGGCUCUGGGCUUCCACUGCCUUCUCCGCACUGGCGAGCUGCUUGCCCUUCAGUUCAAGGACCUUGAACUGUCUACAUCUACAGGAGUUAUUACUCUGUAUUCAAGCAAAUCUGGCUUGCGGACAGGCACUGAGGAAGCUGUCGCAGUGCGCGAUCCGCUGGUCCUGAAUUUGCUCAGGACCCUGGCCAGCGUAUCGAUGUUCAGUCGGGGACAGAAGCUCUGGGAAUUUUCCGCCCAGUGCUUCCGGCAAAAGUUCUCCGACUAUAUGCGCUUCUUUCGCAUCAGUCAUCUCAGUAUGAAACCUUACUCCCUGAGAAGGGGAGGAGCAACAUACCUCCUUCAGGAGGGGCUUCCCUUGGAUGUGAUAUUAGUGAGAGGGAGAUGGAGAAGUUUGAAUGUUGCGCGUCUUUAUUUACAGGAUGGUCUGGCGCAAAUCCCGCGUCUGCGGGUGGACCCGCUGGAGAUGCGCCGGAUCUUACAAUUUUCAAAUCACUGUCCUUCCUCUGCCUUCCGGCCUUGA